AUGACGACGUCCACGGCGUCCUCGCGAUGCGUCGCGCCGCGCGCGCGCGCGCCCGCGCCGCGCGCGUCGCGCGCCGCCGCGCGGCUCGCUCGACGCGGCCCUCCUCCUCCUCGCGUCGUCGCCGUCUUCGCCGUCGCGACGACGACGACCGGAUCCCAGGCGCCCUCGGACGACGACAGUCCGUCGAGAUCCUCGUCGACGCGGAGGACGAGAUCCUCGUCCGCCGCCUCGCGCGCGCCGCGCGUCGUCGUCCUCGGCGGCGGCUUCGGCGGACUCUACACCGCGCUCAAGCUCGACGCGCUCUCCUGGGACGCCACGGUCGGGGGCCCGCCCAGACCGCGCGUGACGCUCGUCGACCGCGCGGACGACUUCGUCUUCAAGCCCAUGCUCUACGAGCUCGUCAACGAGACGAUGCGGCCGUGGGAGGUGGCGCCGUCGUUCGCGGAGCUCCUCGCGCCGACCGCCGUGCGCCUCGUGAAGGGCGUCGCGGUCGACGUGCGCGAAGACGACGACGCGGAGGGCGAGGGCGAGGGCGGCGCCGGCGUCGUGACGCUGAUGGACGGGACGACGGUGCCGUACGAUUACCUCGUCUGCGCGGUGGGCGCGAACGCGUCCGACGCGGGGGUCGCAGGCGCGAAGGACUUCGCGAUCCCGCUGAACGACGCGAAGGACGCGUCGAGGCUCGCGGGGGCGCUGCGGGAUAUCGAGCGCGCGGCGGAUAAGACGGAGGAUGAGGCUCGCCGCCGCGUCGCCGUCGUCGGCGGCGGCCUCGCCGGCGUCGAGCUCGCGGGCGUCGUCGCCGAGCGAACGCGAGGCGUCGCCACCGUCGAGCUCUUCACGCCGAGCGGCGGGAUCAUGCGAGGCGCGCCGAGCGGCCAGCGGGCCGCCGCGACGCGCGUGCUCAGGGACGCGGGGGUGGUGAUGCGGGAGGGCGCGCGCGUCGUGGCGGUGGAGGCGUGCGCGGACGUCGAGAGAGUGCGCGCGUGCGGGGAGGCGGCGACGGUCACCGUGGAGACGAGCGACGGCGCGACGACGACGGUCACCGUGGAGACGAGCGACGGCGCGACGACGACGGAGGACUUCGACGUCGUCGCGUGGACGGUGGGGCAGCGUGCGGUAACGCCCGAGUCGUGGCCGUUUCCGAGGGAUUCGAAAGGGCGGAUCGUCACGGAGGACACGCUGCGCGUCGUCGGGCGUUCGAACGUGUUCGCGCUCGGAGACGCCGCGGUGGUCGCGUCGUCGUCGUCUUCGAAUCCGAACGAUUCGAAUCCGAACGACGCCGACUUCGCGUCGCCGCCGCCGUCGGAGGCGCUCCCGAGCACCGCGCAGGUCGCGUUCCAGCAGGCGGACUACGCCGCGUGGAACGUCUGGUCCGCGAUGUCGUCGCGGCCGCUGCUGCCGUUCAAGUACCAGCACCUGGGGGACAUGAUGACGCUGGGCAAGACGGACGCCGCCGUCGCGUUGCCGUUAAACCUCGCCGUGGUGGACGGCCCCGCGGCGGCGGCGCUGCGGCGCGCGGCGUACCUGUACCGCAUGCCGACGAACGAGCACCGAGCGAAGCUCGCGGCGGAGUGGAUCGAGCAGGGCGCGAGGGCGGCGUUGGAGGAGGGGCCGGAGGUUCUGAGGAAGCUCGGCGUGCCGCUGCCGCCGGGGUUGUUCCCGCCGCCGCCGUCGAGAGAGUAA